ACGGAGCAUGCGCAGCGCGUGCCUUUCUUCUCUCUCCUGAUCGCUGCGCUGUGUGUCGCUGCUGUGCUGCAUCCCGACGCAAAGAAUGGUCAACUUACGGUUCCUGCCUAACAACAGUGUGAAAGUGGUGGGCCUGUUAUGUGCCGCUGUGUGUGCCUGGUACAUGGGAUACAUGUUUGCAACGAUAUUGCCCGAAGCACCCUGGGAGGCAGCAGUUGACGGCAUGCAAAGUAUUGGGCUGAGGCCAGUUCUAAAAGCCCCCAAUCCAAGAAGGCAGAAAUGUGACAUUUGGGUGUCCUGCGCUCCAAACGAGCUGGCGUACCGCAUUCGGACUGGCGGAGCAAAAGACGUCAUGCCUGAAAUUUGUUUGGAUGAUAACAUGCUCAUCACGGGAAAGAAUUCUAACCGAGGCAUAAACAUUGCUGUUAUCAGCUCAGAGACCUGGAAGCUCAUUGAGACAAAAACAUUUGACACGUAUGAAGGAGAUGUAUCGAACAUUAUGCAUGAAUACCUUUUCAAGAUAUCAGAUGGGAACCUUAUCAUGGUCGCCACUCACGAUGAUGCCUUCACCAAGUUAAAUGAAGCAGGAAAAAGAGCCUUCGAAGAUUACGGGAGCAAAGAAGUCCGGAACCUUCGCUUCCGAUCAGCCUGGGCGUUUAUGGCCAUAAAAGGAUCAAAAAUGCCAGAAAACAUUGAAACAGAAAAGAUAAACCACUCAGACGGGAACAAAAACAGAUACUCCGGAUGGCCGGCGGAAAUUCAGAUUGAUGGCUGUCUCCCAAAACCAUGAGCAAGCCCUCCCUUUGGGUGGAGUUGUCAAUGAUCCAUCACUGGAGCCCAGACUUUGAGAACCAUCUCCUUGUUGACCAAUUUCUUGUAGAUUAGGAUCUGGCAGAUGACAAAGAAUACUGAUGCUCCCGUAUACAGACUGAAGCUCUAUCCAGGGUCUUUAAGUGUUGCAAAUAAUGAGGUUUUGGUUCUGUUCUAUAGUGCAGAGAUAUUGAUUCAUCAUAGGGUUUGGGCAGGUGUUUCUUAUGGUGACAUGGGGAGAAGAAGACUUCAUGUAUCGCUCUGGCCAAAGCAAUUUUCAGUUUCCUCACUUUAUGACCCAAAUUCACUAAGUGCGAAGCGCCUAACGCUAGCGUCAAUUCGCUAGCGCUGGGCAUUUUCGUUACUUCGCAAAUUCACUAACGAACGCUGGCGU